GAACUCGGUCUGGAAGCAGAUUCUAGAUGCAAAGAGUUUUUCCUCUCAAGACUAAUGCCCCGUGUGUCUGCUCAGUCUCUAUUCAUAUAAGCUGCAGGCUGGUCUGCAGUGUAUAUGGGGCUUGGCUAUUCGUACUAUGGAAAUGCAUAAACCUAUGAAGCUGGAUUAAUAUGUUGUGACCGUCUACUUAGAUCAUCCAGGCUGGAAUUUCUGUUUCUACUGAUGUCGCCUUGCUGGAUAUAAGAGAGUCACCUGGAAUCAGACUGCCUGCUGCAGUAGUUCAGACCUAUUCACUGGAGAUCCGGGACAAUCUGACAGGGGCAAUGAAGUACAGAGCAGCGGCUCCAGCUAUUGACGGUAUCCGGAUUACCAUGGAGAGUGCCUUAACAGCCCGUGAUCGGGUUGGUGUCCAGGACUUUGUCCUGUUGGAGAACUAUACAAGUGAAGCUGCUUUCAUAGAAAACCUGAGGAAACGGUUCAAGGAGAAUCUCAUAUAUACCUAUAUUGGAUCCGUGUUGGUGUCAGUUAACCCCUACAAAGAGCUGGAGAUUUACAGCAAACAGCACAUGGAAAGAUAUCGUGGCGUUAGUUUCUAUGAAGUAUCACCUCACAUCUAUGCAAUAGCGGACAACUCUUAUCGCUCCCUGCGAACAGAAAGGAAAGACCAGUGUAUUCUUAUCUCCGGUGAGAGUGGAUCAGGAAAGACAGAAGCUAGUAAGAAGAUCCUUCAGUACUAUGCAGUGACUUGUCCUGCCAGCGAGCAAGUGGAAACUGUGAAAGACCGUCUUCUGCAGUCCAAUCCUGUUCUUGAGGCUUUUGGAAAUGCAAAAACCUUGCGAAAUGACAAUUCCAGUCGUUUUGGCAAAUAUAUGGAUGUGCAAUUUGAUUAUAAGGGAGCUCCAGUUGGAGGCCACAUCCUGAACUAUCUCCUGGAGAAGUCACGCGUGGUGCAUCAGAACCAUGGAGAGAGAAAUUUCCAUAUAUUUUAUCAGCUUCUGGAGGGUGGGGAAGAGGAUCUUCUGCGCAGGCUGGGCUUAGACAAAAAUGCACAAAAUUACCAAUAUCUUAUCAAGGGUCAAUGUGCCAGGGUUAGCUCCAUAAAUGAUAAAAAUGAAUGGAAAAUUGUUCGAAAAGCUUUGUCGGUGAUUAACUUCAAUGAAGAUGAUGUGGAGGAAUUGUUGAGUAUUGUAGCUAGCGUCUUGCAUUUGGGAAAUGUGCAAUUUGCCAUAGAUGAACAAGGGAAUGCUCAGGUCACAACAGAAAACCAGAUUAAAUAUCUUGCUCGGCUUCUGUCAGUAGAGAGUACGGUUUUACGGGAAUCUCUCAUUCACAAAAAGAUCAUUGCUAAAGGAGAAGAGCUAAAUAGUCCUUUAAAUCUGGAACAGGCAGCUUAUGCCAGAGAUGCCUUAGCCAAAGCAAUUUAUGGCCGCACCUUUUCAUGGCUCGUCAGAAAGAUAAACAAAUCUUUGGCAUAUAAGGGUGCAGACAUGCACAGUCUGGGGAAUGCAUCUGUCAUCGGGCUUCUGGACAUAUAUGGGUUUGAAGUCUUUCAACAUAACAGCUUUGAACAGUUUUGCAUCAAUUACUGCAAUGAGAAGCUCCAGCAGUUGUUUAUUGAGCUGACACUAAAGUCUGAACAGGAGGAGUAUGAAUCUGAAGGGAUUGCGUGGGAGCCUGUGCAAUAUUUUAAUAACAAAAUAAUCUGCGAUCUAGUUGAAGAAAAGUUCAAAGGCAUAAUUUCCAUCUUGGAUGAAGAAUGUCUGCGUCCUGGAGAGGCCACAGAUAUGACAUUCCUGGAAAAGUUGGAAGAUACUGUGAAAAACCACCCACACUUUGUUACACACAAACUUGGAGAUCAGAAAACUAGAAAGUGUCUUGGAAGGGAUGAGUUUCGCCUGCUCCACUAUGCCGGAGAAGUGAACUACAGCGUGGCAGGGUUUUUGGAUAAGAACAACGAUCUACUGUUUAGGAAUCUGAAAGAAGUUAUGUGUGACUCUGGAAAUCCAAUUGUUCAUCAGUGCUUUGAAAGAUCUGAGCUGACAGACAAGAAAAGGCCAGAGACGGCAGCAACUCAGUUCAAAGCCAGUUUAGCAAAAUUGAUGGAAAUUCUCAUGUCCAAGCAGCCUUCAUAUGUGCGAUGCAUGAAACCAAAUGAUUCUAAACAAGCAGCUCGUUUUGAUGAGGUUCUCAUUAGACACCAGGUGAAAUAUUUGGGGCUUAUUGAGAAUGUGAGAGUACGCCGUGCUGGAUUUGCAUAUAGGAGAAAAUAUGAGAUAUUCUUACAGAGGUACAAGUCACUUUGCCCUGAAACCUGGCCAAAUUGGGAUGGGCGAGUAGCUGAUGGAGUGGCAGUACUUGUCAAGAGCCUUGGUUAUAAACCAGAGGAAUAUAAAAUGGGCAGGACAAAAAUUUUUAUUCGUUUCCCCAAAACCCUCUUUGCUACAGAGGAUGCCUUAGAAGUGAGAAAGCAGGGCAUAGCAACCUUCCUCCAGGCUAGGUGGAGGGGAUAUCUUCAGAGACAAAAAUUCCUACAUAUGAAACAUUCCGCCAUACAAAUCCAGUCUUGGUGGCGUGGAACAGUGGACCGUCGAAAGGCUGCCAAAAGGAAAUGGGCUGUGGAAGUUGUUAGACGAUUCAUCAAAGGCUUCAUUUACCGUAAUGAACCUCGUUGCCCAGAGAAUGAAUACUUCCUGGAUUACCUCCGUUAUUCAUUCCUGAUGAACCUUCAUCGCAACAUGCCAAAAAGUGUGUUAGACAAGUUUUGGCCUGAGCCACCCCCAUCCCUUCGAGAGGCUUCUGAGAUCCUGAGAGAGAUGUGUAUGAAGAACAUGGUGUGGAAGUAUUGCAGACGAAUCAGCCCGGAAUGGAAACUACAGCUUGAACAGAAAGUUGUCGCAAGUGAAAUAUUCAAGGACAAAAAAGACAAUUAUCCCCAGAGCGUUCCAAGGCUUUUUAUAAACACUCGACUUGGCACAGAUGAGAUCAACACUAAGAUACUUCAGCAAUUAGAGAGUCAGGCAUUGACGUAUGCAGUGCCUGUGGUCAAGUAUGACAGAAAGGGAUACAAGCCAAGAAGGAGACAACUUCUGCUUGCACAGAAUGCUGCUUACCUUGUUGAAGAAGCCAAAAUAAAGCAGAGGAUAGAUUAUGCCAAUUUGACAGGUAUCUCUGUCAGCAGUUUGAGUGACAACCUCUUUGUUCUACAUGUAAAAUGUGAAGACAACAAGCAAAAGGGAGAUGUGGUACUGCAGAGCGAUCACGUGAUAGAGACACUGACAAAACUUGCCAUAGCCGCUGAGAAAUUCAACAACAUCAACAUUAACCAGGGCAGCAUCAAAUUUACAGUGGGUCAGGGUAAAGAAGGCAUCAUCGACUUUACACCAGGCUCCGAAUUGCUGAUAGCCAAAGCCAAAAAUGGACACUUGUCUGUGGUUGCCCCACGGCUGAAUUCCCGAUGAUGAAAAUUCCAAUUCACUAGGAAUCUGGACUACAACCAAACUGACAGUUUCACAUACACCCAUUUCCCCCACUUGUUGAACAAUACCUGCUUUUUAUAUUUUAUAGUUACCAAAGACCUGCGCUGCUUAAAAUAAGGAAAGAAAUCAUUUUAUAUAUUUGUGAAAUUCAAAUAUUUUAUUUUAUUUUUUAACUUUGCUUUUGCACUGUUGCGCCCCUCCUCUUGUAUCUCUAUGCAUUGUCUGCAGUAGGCAUAAGGGUAUUUCUCCACUAAGGUGGUGGGCUCUAGCCUAGAGUUCAUGUCUGGAUAAGAGGAGGAUAGAAUAUUAUUAGUCUUGCGCUAAUGUCACAGAGGCCUUUUCUACUAUGCAGACAUACUUGGCUAUGGAAUUGUUUUGAAUCCAGAUUUCAUAAAGCAAAAUUGUAGCCUGCACUAAGAUGAAACUUAUUUAUGCAAUCUUAAUUUCGGGUAAAUGUUGAGGAAUAAUAGGCAGAAUUUCUAGCUUUUAUGCUACUAAAAUAUAUAUUGUACAACAUUUGUCAGAAAUGCCUUACAAUAUCCUUGUGUUGUUGUGUUAACCGGAAAAAUCCAAAGCCAUAUGUAAAUGAGCAGACUUUGUAGGACGUGGAAAACAAAACCAAGUGACUGUCUACCAGAGGAAAUGUCCAUUGUAAGAGUUCACUUUGUGUAAAUGUAAGAAAUACUAAAAUGUGCAAUAUAUAUUGUGUAGGGCACCUUAACUAACAUUUGUUAUACAAAGAGAAAUCCUAAUUUGCUCACUUGUUUCUCUCACCAGUUGUCUGCAGUUCACAUUCAUAGAUGUUUACAGAGGUUUCAUCUGAAGAAGUCUGAGUUAACAUGGUGUAGUUCGUCUGUACUGUAGAGAAUUCUCAUUCUCCCCAUUCACAAGGGUUAAUUUUGAUAGGAAUUAGUGGAAUUGUGUGCAUGAGACAUUUGGGUGCACACCAAGGGAAAGGGAAGUGAAAGAAAAGUGCAGCUAUUUUCCGGAGAGGGCAUGUGUACUACAAGACACUGUAUCAUCUUCAUGUACAGACCUCUGAAAGAGGACCUGUCUGCUAUGUGUUAUAGAAAAUUCAUGGAUUCUCCUUGACGUUAAUAUAUUGGAGUAUAUUUAGUUACUACUUUGUACUGCUGCCCCUCUCUUAUUCCUCCUGGAAAUUGGCAUUACCAUUUCCUUUGUCAAUAGGCUGCGUCCUUACAGCCUGAUUGUGAGCAUUGAUUAGUGGAAGGAAAUACCCUAGGAAAGGGGAAUGCCUGGUUGUCACUUUAUUCAUACAUUUCCAGAAGGAAUAACUGAGGAACAGCCCAAUACAAAGUUCUAAGAAAAUGUGCUCCAGAAUUAUUUUGUGGAGAAGAAUCGUUCUACUAAAACAAGCCCCAUCAGGAGAACUGGCAGACUUGCUGUGAAGUUUAUUACUAGCUGGUGCUAACAGCGCUCAAGGUCUUAAGAGUUUAUCAAUGGGCUAUAGUACGUGUAUUGGUUUCUUUAACUGUAUGACCCUCAUGAACAGACCAAGUCUUCACAACUGAUGCUCUGACCAACAGAAUUUUUUUUUUAUAAAGUUUUUAAGUUCUCUUUGAUAUUCAUGUAUAUUUUGUUUAGCCUCGUGACACAUUGAGAUGUUAAGCUUGUGAACCAAAGUUCAUACAGUACACUGCCAUGUCCAUGGAAUAAGAACCACAACUUCCGAACAUUGUAAUGCUAUAGAGACAUUGAACUGUUCAGUUCUUUUUAACAAUGUUUUUAUGUUACUCAUCUAUUGCUUUUAACCGAAUGUUGACACACUACAGAUUGGUGGGGCCAUCUUUUUAUCUUCACUUUUCAGAUACUGAGACUUAAAGUAUAUCCUUCACCUCUACACCAUGGAGGCCUCCAUGUAUAAGCUUAAUUAACAUCUUUAGAUGUCAUUUGUUUAAUCUCAGAGACAUAAAGCCCUUGAUAGUUGCAGCUAGUGAAUCUGGGGAUUGCUUUUCCUUCAGCCAUCAAAACGGUUUCCUUUAGGUGUGGAUGUGACAGAUGUGCUUUGAGUUCAAUGGUUACCACCAUAAUAUUCUGUCUUUCUUCUGAAUAGGUGUAAGAGAAAAUGCUUUAACACCAGUGAUUGCAUUUGUGCCUUUGCACCAUUAAAUCUGCAGUUAAUAAUCAAUGUGUCCUCUCAUUUAUUAGAUUUG